AUGGACAGACUAAAGAAAACACUACGGCGAGCACCUUGCUGCUGUUGCUGUAAGCCUGAGAUAAUAGAAGAUGCUCCUCAGAGGGAAGUCCCGCAACAGGAUGGACAUAGCCAAUCAACCGUCAGCCGCCGAGUGUCGUCUGGAUUAUCGGAUCCGGAAAAGGUCCCCCCGUACCGCCACUCCUUGUCUUCUUUCUUUCCUUUGAGGCGCAGGUCUCGCUACUCGAAGCAAGAUUCAUGGUCUACGACCACAAGUCAAUUCGAGCACCCAGCGGUGCGACCCCUAAGCUCGGUUCUGAGGCCUCGCACUCCCGGACAGCGGCCUCCUUUAUACUCCCAAGGCUCCUGGAGCAUCGAAUCAAUGACGAUUGAGGAUGAGAAGCUCGCUGAAUUCUUUGAGAGAAUGCCGCUCAGCGAACGGGUUGAGCCUACAGUAAUCCCGAACAAGGCAAUGUCGCCCGAGAACCAACUACGCGCAGGCCUUCUUUUACUGACCGAAGGCACUCCUUUGAGGACUCACGGUACUGAAAUGGCUGGGUUUGAACCGGAGGAAAAGGCUCAGAGGAAAUGGGCCGUCCUCCAUGAGAAUCUCAACACCGACAUCCACUGCGUGUGCAGGUCUCGGCCUCUAUCGGGAUGCUCAAUCAGUGCAUACCGUGAAUCCGUGUACUACCCUCAGCCGGUUGUUAGGGCUGAGAUGUCCAUCGGGCUGAUCUGA